UGUGUUUGCACCGCCCCGUGUGUCUGCCUCCGAGGAUGGCCGCGAUGCUGUCCAACUGUUCGCGGCUCGCGCCCCGCGUGAUCACGCGGAGUGGCGUGUUGCGGGCCGAGGUCGCGAGAUCGUUGUGUAGUCAAGGGCGCACUGUAGUUAUCCACGCCGAACACGUGCCCAAUGCCAAAGCUCUGUUAUGCAGAAAGUACAAGGCAAAUCAUUACUGGAUAAAUCAAGCGAGACAUAUACGUUCAACUUCAGCAUUAUGGGAGAUCAGAGAAGUUGUAGUCCCUGCGUUCGCCGAAAGUGUGAACGAGGGCGACGUGAGGUGGGAGAGGAAGGUCGGCGACCAGGUGAAGGAGGACGACGUUCUCUGUGAGAUCGAAACGGACAAGACUUCGGUUCCCGUACCGUCGCCCGGGCCCGGCGUCAUAAAGGAGCAGUUCGUUAAGGACGGCGACACCGUGAAGCCGGGACAGAAGCUGUGCACCAUCGACAUCGGUGCGACAGGCGGUGUCGCGGCCGCCGAGCCCGCGGCGAAGGAGCCGAAGCCCGCCGCCGCGCCGAAGCCAGCCGCGGCGGCGCCGCCACCGGCGCCGUCGCCACCCCCGAGCGCGGCGGCCCCGCCGCCGAGGGCCGCGGCGCCGAUUCCGCCCCCCGCCGCUCAACCGCCGCCGCAGCAGGCGCCCAUCGCGUCCAUGCCGGUCGCGGCUAUCAAACACGCUCAGUCGUUGGAAGGCGCGAGAGUUCAGCUACCACCCGCCGAUUACACGCGCGAAAUAAUCGGCACCAGGACGGAGCAGCGAGUGAAAAUGAACAGGAUGCGUCUGCGCAUCGCGGAGCGUCUAAAGGACGCGCAGAACACGAACGCUAUGCUGACCACGUUUAACGAAAUUGACAUGAGCCGUAUUAUGGAGUUCCGCAAGACGCAUCAAGACACGUUCACGAAGAAGUACGGCAUCAAGCUCGGCUUCAUGAGCCCGUUCGUCGCGGCCAGUGCCUACGCUCUGAAAGACCAACCCGUGGUGAACGCCGUGAUAGACGGCACCGACAUAGUGUACAGGGAUUACGUAGACAUUAGCGUGGCGGUCGCGACGCCGAAGGGGCUCGUCGUGCCGGUGCUGCGCAGCGUGGAGAGCAAAAAUUUCGCCGAAAUCGAAAUCGCCUUGGCGGCAAUGGGCGAGAAGGCCAGGAAGGGCAAGAUCACCGUCGAGGACAUGGACGGCGGCACGUUCACGAUAAGUAACGGUGGCGUUUUCGGCUCGCUGCUCGGCACUCCCAUCAUCAAUCCGCCGCAAAGCGCGAUUCUCGGGAUGCACGCCGUCUUCGACAGACCAGUCGCCAUUAAGGGACAGGUUGUCAUUCGGCCAAUGAUGUACGUAGCCUUGACGUACGAUCAUCGGCUGAUCGACGGACGCGAGGCUGUGAUGUUCCUAAGGAAGCUCAAGGCCGCCGUGGAGGAUCCUAGAAUUAUCCUGGCUGGCCUUUAAUAACCUGGGACACGUUUGUCGCGCGCGUUAACGAUACGUACGACGAUCACCGUUGGAUUAUACUAAGCAAGAGCGCGACGCGAGAGUCUGGAAACUCGGCAGGGGAGCAGUUCCCGUUUCCGGAAACCUCUAAUCAUCGGAGCGUCCCCCCCCCCCCUCACACCUCUCUCGGAGGGGACGUUUCUCAAUACCUUGUUUCGAAUACCGUCAAUCCUCCACCGCCGCACGUGGGACGACGUGACGAGUGCAGUCACAAAUAUAACGAUAAGCAAAACUGGUGGUCCCGUCUGUUAUUCUGAAUUCUCGAGAAGUAUCUCGUAUUAAGUGAACGGGCGUUCACAUCCACACUUCCUGUGUGCAUCGCCGGAUGAUGUAACAUUUGCUAUUGGAAUCUCUCAACGCAAAACCCGAUUUGUUAUUGGAAUUUCUUUCAACAGGGGAUACCCGAUAACGAUUUGCCGAACCGAUAAUCGCGUUCCCGCGAGCACCCCCCGUACCUCUGUCGCGCCACACCGACGGACGUCGAGUCGGUGUCGAAGAGGGGCGCGGAGAGGGGGGCUGGAGCCGAGGGGAGGGCUAGAAGGUACUUAUCCCAAGUACUCUAGAUGUAGACCCACAAGCUAAAAUAAAAUCUCACCAAUCUAAGUCUCCUUAGCGUGUUGUUGAAUUGCGCGUGUCACAUCGCGGCUGUAGAAUUUAAGUGAACUCGACAGAUAUUGAUAUUUAAAUACGCUGAUUGAAGGAGGGGGGGGAGGGGGAGGAUUUGUCGGGAAGUUUCGCACUCGAGGGAAUUCACGACUUGUAAAUCAAAAGUUAUUUAUUAAAUAAAAUUAAAAAAAAAAAUAGAUCAAUCAUGUCGGCAUCAAUGACACGUGUUUUUGUAAUAGUGAUAUGUAUAGGAAGGAAUGCAUGAGAGGGGGAGAAACGUUUGACGCGUCAAUGUACAAAAGUAGAGCACACUGCCAAGUCCUGCGACGAAAACAUUUUCAUCGUAAGAAUAUUUGAUUACGAUCCCACUCGCGCUGGUAUUGAUAACAGCGCGAGUGCUGUCUCGCGACGUUUCCAUCUCAAAAGUCAGACCGCAGCUUUAUGCGUGAGGAUGUGCGAAUGCUCUUUUUAGUCCCGCAUAUUGUAAGAUACAUUGUAUAUCGUUCGAUACUGUGUACUUAAACGAGGAAAACGCAUAUAAAGCACGCUGAAUUGAACAUCGAA